AUGCCACCUGCAACGACUAAACCGCACGACUACGACAAUGUGGAUAUGGCAUACCCAUCGAGAACGAUUGCUUUCCAGGCAGCUGGUAUGAUAACUUCAAUCAUGGAGAAUUUACUUGCUCAUGACCAAGUCAAGUAUCAACCAGCAUUCAUCGUGUACAGUUUAUUCUCAGCCUUGAUCAUGCAUGUCUAUCAAAUGCGCUCUUCAGUACCCUCAGUUGUGUCGGCCAGUCAAGAACGGAUCAAUGUUUGUAUGAGUGCCUUGAAAGAAGUAUCCAAAGUAUGGCUUGUCGCAAAGAUGGUACAUACCCUGUUUGAGUCAAUUCUUGGAAACAAGGUCUUGGAGGAGAGGCUACAGAAGGCGACGGGGCGAAAAGCACAACGUGCUAAAAAUGCUGCCGCUCAGGGACAUGCGAACGGAAAUACCAAUGGUGCAAAUCACAAUGCACAUGUCCCGAUGACUCAAAUCCCACCACCGCCUCACCCGACGAAACGCAAAUUUGACGAUAUCGAUUUAGGCUUCAAUGUGGGCCCACCGGCGCCUCAGAUGUCCUACGAACGAUCCCGACCUCAAACACCUGCAGUGACGCCGUCACGAGAAGCCUCACAGAGCCACAAUGCCAACUACCUAGGCUCUCCACCCCUCCCACACGAGCAAUACCUACCAGCCUCACGAUCAAGAGGCGCAUCACGCCUGCCCUCUCGAGGGCCUACGCGCGCCAACUCUCCGUUCAAUGGCUACUCCAUCCCCGCGACACCACCGGACCUUUUCCUCGUAACACGCGACUCACCAAAUAUCUCGCAACAACUCUGGGAGAACUUCCAACCAGAUCAGCUCUUCCCAGACGGCACCAUCGGCGAUGCCACGAAUUUCGCCAGCCCGCUGAUGAACCACGCUGUGGAUCCGCAGCUGCAAAUGUCGGGUGGCCACUCGAUGGGUGGGCAGCAGAUGCCGCACAUGGAUUUAUCCGGCCAACAGCAAAAUCAAGUGUGGGCGUCAGGGACGAUGGCGGGGAUUAUGGGCCCCGGCAUGGAGAUGCAUGACAGUGAUGGGUGGUCGACGAGUUCUAUUGGGAAUGCGCCGAUUGCGCCCACAACGCUUAAUGUCGAAGACUGGUUCCAGUUCUUUGGCAUCAACGGUGAGAUGGCUGGGAUGGGGCUCGACGGUGCGUAA